ACCAACAACCCACAAAAUUUCGUGAAUAUAAGACCCUUAAUUGAGGACUUGUAGCUAGCCACCCACUGUUUUCAAGAAAAUUUGAAGGCUCUUCCAUUCUUUUUAUUUCAAAAGUUUUAGGCUGCAUCGUGACUUAGAUGAUGAUUAUGAAAAGCAAUCGAGUUGAUUCGGAGAAGAAGCUCUCUCUCUCUCUUUUUCACACAGAUCCAUGUUGAUGCAUGGUCGAUCUCAUCCAAGGUGAAUGAGAUCCUUUAAAGAGUGUGUGAGGCUUCAGACCUUCUUCAUUAAAGCUGCGGUUGUGGCGCCUGUUCAUGUUCUCAACCAGAUCAUUGAUGCAUAUUCGAAGAAUUGGUUCAUUCAUGAAGCACGCCAAUUGUUCGAUGAAAUGCCCGAGAGGAAUGUUUUUACUUGGAACAAUAUGAUCAAUGGUUACAUAAUAAACAACGACCUCUUCGAAGCCCGGGGUCUCUUCGAAUUGGCCACUGAAAAAGACACAGUCAGCUACAAUUCUAUCAUCUCUGGCUGCACAAGAAACGGCUGCAUGGAGGAGGCAGUCGACCUUUUCAGAGAAAUGCAAGCAAAUAGCAUCAGAAUGGAUGAAUUUACUCUUACUACCAUGCUAAACUUGGCUGCAAAAUUAUCAGAGCUGUCUUAUGGGAAACAAAUUCAGUCGUUUUUGGUUAAAACAGCAACUUCCAGUGGUUUUUUGUGCAGUUCAAUUAUAGAUAUGUAUUCCAAGUGCGGAAAUCUGGAUGAUGCAGUCAGACUGUUUGGUGAAAUGAGUGAGAAGGACUUGGUUUCCACUAAUGCAAUGGUUGGGGCGUAUUUUCGGAAUGGGCAAUUGCAGCAGGGUCUCAAACUUUUCAAGGAAAUGGACAUUCAUGACACAGUCUCGUGGAACACUGUACUAUCAGGUUAUGUUCUGACGGGUGAUCCUGAGAAGGCUCUGGAAGUUUUCAUUGACAUGGCUCAAAGUGGAGUGCCACAAAAUGGUCACACUUACGGAAGCAUUUUGACUUUGUCUGCAAGUCUGAAGAACGUUAGGCUAGCUAAGUCUGUUCAUGCAUGCGUUUUACGAAAUGGCUUAGUUUCUAACUCAUUCAUUACCAGAGGUUUAAUUGAUGUCUACUGUAAAUGCGGCAAUCUAAAGCAUGCUGAAUUUGUUGCCCAUGAAAUCCCUCACGAGAAUGCCUAUUCAAUCACGUCUUUAAUUGUGGGUCAUGCAAACAGGGGUAACCUCUAUGAAGCUAGCCGGGUUUUUGAUCUUUUGCCUGAGAAAAAUACUGUUGCGUGGACUGCCUUGAUCACUGGGCAUUUGAGACUUCAGCAGUCUGACAUAGCAUUGAGCCUUUUCAGGGAAUUUCAGAAGAAAGAAGCAACAAAGACAGAUGAGCUGAUCCUUAUAAGUGGCCUUGGCGCAUGUGCUCUUCAAGCAGCUUUUGAACAUGGUAAACAAAUUCACAGUUACAUAAUACGGAAACAUAUACAAGUGAAUGAGAAAAUUGGCAAUGCAUUGCUUGACAUGUAUUCAAAAUGUGGUAAUAUAAGAUAUGCUGAAGAAAUUUUCCGAAAAGUUAUGAACAGGGACUUGGUUCUGUAUAAUUCCAUGAUAGCUGGAUAUGCGAAUCAUGGGAGAGAAAUGGAUGCAAUCAACCUUUUUGAGGAAAUGAUCCAAGAAGGAAAAAAGCCCGACGAAAUUAGCUUCAUUGCAAUUUUUUCAGCAUGCCGUCAUGCUGGGUUGGUAGUGGAAGGUGAGAAUUUCUUCAAUUGUAUGGUAACUGAUCAUGGCAUUAGUCCUGGACUGGAUCACUAUGCUUGCAUGAUUGAUUUGUUUGGACGAUCAAAUUGCAUGGACAAGGCGGAGGACAUGAUCAAGAACAUUCCACAGGAACCAGAUGCAAUAGUUUUGGGAGCAUUCUUGAAUGCCUGCAGGAUCAAUGGGAAAACAAAACUUGCAGGAGUUGUAGAAGAAAAAUUAUUAAGUUUGGAAGCUGAUAAUGGGGCAAGAUACGUCCAGUUUGCUAACCUUUAUGCAGCAGAAGGAAUGUGGAGUGAAAUGGGAAGGAUAAGAGGGAAGAUGAGAGGUAAGGAAGUUAAAAAAUUUGCAGGGUGCAGUUGGAUACAUGUACAAGACAAGCUUUUCACAUUUACUGCUGGCGAUAGCUCUUGCUCAGAAGCCCAGGCAGUUUAUGCAACUCUAGAGAGUUUGAAUGAAGAAAUGAAAAGGGUACAGUUUUCAUGCAAGGUUCUGGAACACUAGAAAGAAAAGAGAGGCUUUACACCAGCAUGCUUACCAGCAUUGGGUUAACCUCAUAAAAUACGCAAGGUGCAGGGUUUCCCAAGUAUCUGAAGAAAAACUAGGAUUUUCUUUAAAUGAAUGACAUCACUUGGGAGUAGGAACAAGAAUUCAAAUUCGCAUGAAAAGCAAUCAUUAUCUCCAAGUAUUAAUGUUUUUCUUGAAGCAUACAGAUAUUGCAAAGGUCCACUAUCAUCUGUCCUUUCCGUUUCAUUAUAGGUUCUCAUUUGGUGGCCUUUCAAAGAUGUCGGUUUGUUGAAUGAUGUUUGCAUGGCAUCUCAUCUGGCUGUGUCAAAAUUCGGGAGAUAACUUUGGUCCUCAAGAUUGCUGCCAGCCCCAUUAGCAGACCACCAUUUCCAGAACUUCGUCAAUUUCCAACUCAUAGUCACUGUUCAUGUCUGAUUGCAGAAUUGUCCAUCAUGGUCAGAGACAAAAAUUCUGUUCUUUUCCCAAGUUGCUGAUCUGCUAAGUUUGGUUAUGGAUGUGGAAGGAAAAUUUUUUAUACGCUACUGCAAAGCCUGGGAGGAACAGGAAGUUCGGACCUCGUAAAAUGAGUACAUUUAGAUUGAAUCACCUGAUAUUGAGGCAGUUUAAAAGUAGGAAGAGAUCUCAUAUGAAAUGAAGAUCUUAGGACAGAUACAGUUCUCAUAUAUAAAAUUUAUACAAAUUUUUGUUGUUUGCAUAUGCACAGAAAUGUAAUUGGAAGGAAAGAGAAUGGAGGAACCAAGAAACGGGGGCAAAUCUCAAAUGAAAAGUUUCACUUUCAUCA